GAUGUUUUGUUCCUUAUCGCAUUCACAUUCAAUCUCAUUUUCUAUAUCAAAAUUGGUUAAAAUUGCAAAUUGUUCCAAAAGUACUCCGCCAUGAAUAUUGGCGCAACUUGUUCCUUAAAAUUUUACUAUGAUUCUAGUUUAAUACAUGAUCUUUCAUCCCAAAGGAUGAUAACAACUAAACAAGAAUCAUGGUUAUAUAAUAUACAAGUGUAACCUUCUACACCUAAUCUCCAUUCAUGCAAUGUUUGUUUUGAUACCACUGUUGUAUCAUUUGAUACUGGCAUUACACACUUGAACAUACUGCCCUUCCAUUGUCUCAAAUUUUAGAUCGAGAUGUUAAACCUUCUAUUUGUUCAAAUAAAACUCCCUGCACUAUUUUUCCUUUAGCUAAACCAAGGAAAAUUCCUUUCUCUUCAGUGUUUCACAUUCAUAAACCUUGUUUGAACUUUUACACAUUGACAUCUAGGGUCCUUACUAUACUCUCAUACCGUAGAUGGUUUUCGUUAUUUUCUUACUUGUGUAGAUGAUCGUUCUCGUCAUACUUGGAUAUUAAUGUGGGCUUGAUUUGUGAAUCCAAGAGUGCCCCAUUCAAGCUGAACAUGGGAGACGAGUCAUGGAAAGAAGGAGGAAAGAUAUUUGUAGAAAUGAUUAAGUGUGGAAACAGUCAUGAGCAACUCACUUUGAACUUCUAUUCAACCAGCCUGAAAGCUCUUCGAGUGCAACCAGGAGCCGAGAAUGAGAGUGAGAGAACUACAAACAUUGGUUAGCUGGUUGAAUGAUCCUAAGGUGUCCUACGAGGGUGUCAAAGUGGCUAUGUAGGUUGCUUUGGUUGCUUGGGAAGGAAGGCAACUUACUUACUCUAGAAGAUUGUUUGUUCUUUCCUUUUUCAAAUUGGAUUCUGUUCAAAUUGUUAUAGCUUAGUUUCCUUAUUUGAGUUGUAGUCGAAUUAGGAGUAGAAGUUAGUAUUUAAAGGCUUAAAGACCUGCGUUGUAAUUCAUUGAAGUUUUAUUAAAAGAACCCUUUUGUUCAUAGAUUUUUUGUGAUCUUGAAUUGUCCUUGUUGACUGGAUUGAAUCCAGCGACAAGCGAGUUCAGCAUCAAUUGAGAUCCCCCUCAAUUGUGGUCAAGUGCCUACCAAAAACCGAUUGAUUCUCUUCCCGAAUUUGGUGUGAAGUUACACCUUCGAACCAUCCUCCUCACAACCUUCUUUGUUUUUCUUCGAGAGGGUUCAACCUAAGCAAACUUAAGGUUGUUCAUCAAAGCUCGAGGGUGAGCUUACAUCAUGUGGCAUCACGAGUCUGGUUCUAAAUAGUGGACAAGAUGAGGAAGAAGAAGCAGAAUUUACCUGUUGCUGCAAUAAUGCGAGCAAAGGAUCCCAUUGCAAAAAUAAUGCUAGAGACAGAAUCCUUGAAAGAGGAGGAAACUUCAAUUAACGAGAUACUAAGGACCGAAGAGAAGAUCAACGUCUCCAAACUCCUCAAAACAAUCAUGGUGCAGCUGAAUGUCACGCUUCAGGCACAAUUCGAUCAGAUUAAUCGUCACCUGGAUGAACUAAAGACAUCGACAAGCAACCCUUUUCUGACAGAAAGAGUUGCAGAGUACGUCCCAAAUCUGGAAGGCAAUCGAGUUUAGACUGCCCCAACUGGCACUUUCCCAGAGCUGGAUGAUAGAAUCCGCAAUCUGGAACAAAGAUUUAUCAUCGCCGAAGGAAAUCUGUAACCCCUCAACCACAAAUUUCCCAGCCAUAACAAUAUGCCACCGGAGGUAGGGCAAGAGGUUGUAGUGGUAGACCUCAAAGGAAUCAAACUUUCGAUUUCUUCCUUCGUAGGGUCCAACAAUGACUCUGCCUACUUAGAUUGGGAGAGAAAAAUAGUUAUCUUCUUCCAAUGUGGCAAUUACACAGAGUAACAGAAGGUCUCACUUGCCACCUACCAGUUUACGGACUACGCAUUGGUGUGGUGAGAGAAGGUGCAGCUUCGACGACGAAGAAACCUCCAGCAUGUUGUAACGAUUUGGGACGAGCUGUGAAGUUUGAUGCGAUACCGACUCGUGCCCGGGUAUUACUAAUGGGAGCUCUUCAAAUCCCGACAAGGAAUUCGACAGGGUUCGAGAUCAGUUGACAAGUACUACAAAGAGCUAGAAAUGCUUUUAAUGAGAGUCGAUGCCCGGGAAGACAGAGAGGCCAAAAUUUCAAGAUUCUCGCACGGCUUGAAUCGAGAAAUCAGGUAUGAGGUGGAACAAAGUAGCCACCUAUAUGGUUAGCAUACACCUGCGCAUACGCUUAUCUUAGCGUACGCCCCUUGAGUUUUUUUUUAUUUAGACAAUGAAUUAACUGUAGUUUGGGGCAUGAUACUAUAUCCUAAUCUCUAAUGGGUGAACCAUAAUCCACAUUUCUCUGACCCAAAGUAUAAGAUUCAUUUAAUCUUAAAAUGAAAAUCAACGAUUAUGAUUCGUCGAAUUUACCAUUGAUUUUCAUUUUAAGAUUAAACGAAUCUUAUGGUUUGAGUUAGAAAUUUAGAGACUGGGAUUCAUAGUCUAAAUAACAAAACUCGACGGGUAUAUGAUAAGGUAAGCAUACGGACGUCAGACUAGCGUAUGCCAGACCUAUGCUUACCUAAGACAUAUAGCUUACAACCAAACAUACACAAUAUAUAUUUAGUGAUGGCAAUGGAACGAGGUGGGGUGGGUACCUCAAUUCCCAUGCCCCGCCCCACGCUACUACGAGUCGGGGCCAUAAAUACUCAUAGUACCUAGCAAAAUGCAGCCUAGGUCUAACAUGUACUCCACUGAGAGAUGGACAAUUGAUUGGGAGUGCACAAAUUGCUAGACCAACGAUUUCUUCAUCCAAUAAACAAGAUUAUAUUUGGAGGAAAAUUAAGAAAAAGGUGUGCAUGGUGGGGAUCGUAUCGCACUCACUCCACCAAAUAUGAAACUAGUGGACUCAUGAAACUAACCGAAAGAUAACAAACAAACAACACAGAAAAGCAACUAUGCUCAGAUGCAAACAAAUUUCCCUUCUUCUCACUAUUAUUGUUAAAAUCUGAUUUAUUUCCCUUUAGGGUGGGUUUUCGUCGUUGUUAUAAUAAUGAAACCGAUCAACGGCUGUACCCAGGAGAACCACUUAAAAUAGUGAUUUGGUUUAUUUGGUGGAUGGUUAAAUAUGGACAGAAUAAUUUUAUAGCAGUUUGAUAUGAAACUAGAUGAAUCAUUCCGGUUUAAUUGGUCAAUUGAUUCAUUUUUUUAAUCAUAAAAAUUAGGAAAAAAUAUUUUAAUGUAAAUUAAGACCAGCCACUCUUAUUAGUGAUUUGAAUUUUAUUUGUUUUGCGGGAAUAUGAAAGUUCCAUCAACGAUUAUCUAAUGAUUUAUCAUUGAACCAUCGACAAUUAACUUUUCCAGUUCAGCAUCCGAUCCGAUUCUAGAAACAUAAUUUUUGUGAUAUGUUUCUAUGGACAAAUAAAAUAUUAUUUAAUUC